AUUGUAAAUGUUCUCUCCAGAAAUUGCCUGCCCGUUGCAGCUAAUCGAACACACACCACACACAUACACAGCACACACUUCUGGUACACUUUCUGAGCCCUAAUACACACACACGCACACCACACACAGACAGACAGACAGACACACACACACACACACAUACACACACUCACACACAGCCUACGGGUGGGUUGGAUCUUGGAUUUUGCCAGUUCUACUAGGAAAUACCCAGGGACACAGCGAAGGAGUGUUUCCUCCCCGACAGUCAACUCUGCCUUCUUUUCCCCAGCUUCUCUGGAAGAGAAUGCGUCCCGCCCUCCAGAUCACUUGGACUCUUCUCUGUAUUAUGUUUGCCCCUCCGGCUCCAUCUCAACGGUGAAAACCAGAUCAUGGGAGAGAGACAGCAAGCGGCUGGCUCCGGACUCUGAGCAUUUUGCUGAGAGACCACAUGCCCGGGCUUCCAAUUUGGUGGCCCGCUGCUCCCUGCCCCUCCUCGUCUUUGAGAAGCAAAUCGCCAGCACCAGGGAGUGUAUGCAACUUCUGCUGACCCGAGAUCAGGUUUAAAUGGUCAAUUGGACGCCUGGCUCCUUAUCAGAGAAACCCAAAAUGAAUAAUUCAACGAGCCCAAACUCCACUAACAAUGGAAUGGUUCUUGCAAGUCCAUAUAAAACAGUAGAAGUAAUAUUCAUUGUACUGGUAGCAGGAUCACUCAGUUUGGUCACCACCAUUGGAAAUAUCCUGGUCAUGGUCUCCAUUAAAGUCAAUCGCCACCUCCAGACUGUCAACAACUACUUUUUGUUCAGCUUGGCAUGUGCUGACCUCAUCAUAGGUGCCUUCUCCAUGAACUUAUACACUCUCUACACUGUGAUUGGCUACUGGCCCUUGGGGCCUGUGGUGUGCGAUCUUUGGCUAGCCUUGGACUAUGUUGUCAGCAAUGCCUCUGUUAUGAACCUACUUAUCAUCAGCUUUGACAGAUACUUUUGUGUCACCAAACCACUGACCUAUCCAGUCAAGAGGACCACCAAAAUGGCAGGCAUGAUGAUUGCAGCUGCCUGGGUCCUGUCUUUUGUACUGUGGGCACCUGCCAUUCUCUUCUGGCAGUUCAUUGUAGGGGUAAGGACCGUGAAGGAUGGAGAGUGCUACAUUCAAUUUUUCUCCAAUGCUGCUGUCACCUUUGGCACAGCCAUUGCCGCCUUCUAUUUGCCUGUGAUCAUCAUGUCAGUCUUGUACUGGCACAUAUCCCGAGCCAGCAAGAGCAGGAUAAAAAAGGACAAAAAAGAAGCUGUGGCAAACCAGGAUCCAGUCUCUCCAAGUCUGGUCCAAGGCAGAAUUGUGAAGCCAAACAACAACAACAUCCCCACCAGUGAUGAUGGUCUAGAGCAUAACAAAAUCCAAAAUGGCAAAGCCACCAGAGAUGCAGUGACUGAAAACUGUAUUCAAGGGGAGGAGAAAGAGAGUUCCAAUGAUUCCACCUCUGUCAGUGCUGUGGCUUCUAACAUCAAAGAAGAUGAUAUAACCAGAGAGGAAAACACAAUUUCCACCUCCCAGGGUCAUUCCAAAGAAGAGAAUUCCAAGCUGACAUGCAUCAAAAUUGUCACCAAGACCCAGAAGGGUGACUGCUGUGCUCCCACCAAUACCACUGUAGAGAUUGUGGGUCCUUCGGGACAGAAUGGGGAUGAUAAACAGAAUAUUGUUGCCCGCAAGAUUGUGAAGAUGACUAAGCAGCCUGCAAAAAAGAAACCUCCUCCUUCAAGAGAAAAGAAAGUGACCAGGACUAUCUUGGCUAUCCUAUUGGCUUUCAUCGUCACCUGGACCCCAUAUAAUGUCAUGGUGCUUAUAAACACCUUCUGUGCAACCUGUGUUCCCAAUACAGUAUGGACAAUUGGCUACUGGCUCUGUUACAUCAACAGCACCAUCAACCCUGCUUGCUAUGCGCUGUGCAAUGCCACCUUCAAGAAAACCUUCAAACACCUUCUCAUGUGUAAUUACAAGAACAUAGGAGCCACAAGGUAAAAAGGACCAAAGAUGAGAGAGGGAAACCAAGGGAUUAGUCAAGAGUCAAGAAGGGGAAAACCGAUUCCCAAUUUUUAAAACUACGCCAUAGCACUUUACAUGAUCAGUAUGAAAUGUUCAAUCAAGGAAAGCAGUGAAGACACUCCUGAUGGGGCCUCUGCUCCUUUGGAGAAUUGCACUUUAAAGAGUAUUUGCAAUCCAAGAGCAAUGAGGAAAGGGAAGGAGCCAAUGGAUGACAUGGAUUUAAGUCAAUGUUCCCUGUUUCCUGACAGCAUCACACAGAAGGGCUUUCGUGUCUAUAGUUAUGUCUGUUCCUGUAUAAUAGCAAUCAAAUCUCUCUCUUUUUUAAUUUAAUUGGGAUUAUUUGUUCCUGUGUGUCUAUCCGAGGAUAAUAUACAACAUAUAGUGAUUUUUAUUGGAAAUUAGACACUAAAUAUAUAAAUAAUAUAUUAAGAAGUAGAAAGGAAAGACAAUGGGAUAGUGAUAUCAUAGUGUGAAGAUGAUCUUCAAAGCAUCAAGCUGAUACAAUGGCUUUGUCAGGUUUUAUAUGGAAAACCAUAAUGUAACAUAUGUGCAUUUAUCCAUCCCUACAUAUUUCACUUUUCCAAAAGGAAGCUAAAAAGGAAGGAGGCCAAUGUCUUCUUUAUUUUGCUGUGUUAUCAGAGUACUGUGUUGCUCUGCUCUCCCUUUGAUGGUGUCUCUAUCCUAAUAGGUUUGCCCUUACAGACUUCUCACUGAGCUUAGCUGCACAGGCAUGGGCAUGAAUAUGGGGGCUUCUUGCUGCUCAUUGUACCUUUUGGGCUCUCGUGAGGUAAUAGUCAAUGGAACUUUAAUUUCUUUGAGCUCUUACAUGUAAUAUCUUCUAUUGAGCUGGAUUUCAUCUCAAUUAGCUUCUAAUUUUGUUUUUAAAAAAACCUGUCCAAGGCAGGAUGGAGAAUCAAAGCCAUCUGCAAAAUGAAGGGUUUCAUCAAAUUAGUCACCAGGCAGUUUGGUUGGAAAUCCCAAAAAGAGACCAGAUCAUUUUAGAAAUGAGGAAAUAGAUAGGGGAAAUUGAGGAUAGAGCAAGAGAAGACUAUUUCCAAUAGAUAUAAACAUCCUGUUCAGGAUCUGCCUGACAUGAGAAAUCUUAACCUAUAAAAAGACGAAUUCUUUAUUGCUGUCAGUCAUGAAGAAGACUCCACUUCUUCCUAAUCUGGAUUAACAUGGUGCCUCAAAUCGCUCCUGGUUCUAACCCCAGAAUAAAAUAUUUCUAAAGUCCUUCUUGUCUGCCAGUGCCUGUGGCAUGUUAAAUACAGUUGGAUUGUAUUUGUUAAAUUAAAACACAGAAUGAGAUAUUUCGAUUUGGCCCAUGAGAAUGGAAAAGAAAAAACAAAUUCCAUUCUAGUCACCCCAGUAGCAUGUUAAACCUACUCCAACUAUCAAUUCCUUCUACAUUAGCUCAGCUACCCAGUCCUUUUAUCCAAACAAUAAUUAUAGUCUUUGUGUUGAUGAUAUAGAUUAUAAUCAAACUGAGGACAGGGUGAACUCAGAAGAAUCUAAUAAAUAUAUGUAGGUAGGUUUUCCCGUUUCACCUUCUCACUAUCCCCAUAUCUCCUGAUAUAAACAAAGACACAGCAGAAAUUUUAUUGUCCAGAGUUUCUGCCCAUAGGAUCUCACCCAUUAAAAUUUCUGGGUUUCAAUCCAAAUAAUAUUUACCUUUGUGUUGAUUGCCAUUAGUAUAGUAUGAACUUAACCCCAAACAUUUUCCUCACAUCAUGUAUGACAGUUUUUCAAAUCAAAAUUUGGAAGGAUAGCCUUUUAAACUGCAAAGGAGUUUCCAUUUUAAGAUAUAUGUGUGUGUGUGUGUGUGUGUGUGUGUGUGCACAUAUAUAUAUAUAAAUAUAUAUAUAUUUAGUGUUGAAUUUUGCUGAGUUUCACAUUCUUUGAAUAUAUCAAAUAAUGAUAACCAUAGCUCCUAAUAGGAUGAUGCUGAAUCAUUCAUGUAUAGCAUAGUAUACCCAGGCAAAAUAUAAAGACUUACCUUUGAGACUCCUGACUAUAUACAUCAGCCAGUUGAACUGUUAUUUUUAAACAGUAACAAUAAUAACAAAAAGAAAACAAUCUCAUUUCUUGACUAAAUUGAACUUUUCCAAGUAACUGUUUUAUUGAUAUCCACUUUUUAAAAAAACUUUUAUUUGUAUAGAUGCAAACAUUUAAUUGAUUUAGUUUUCCUCAUCAUGAUGUUUCAAAGUCAAGCUUUUAUUCUCUGCUUCAGUUUAUUCAAGAUAUAUCUAUGGACAACUGGUAGGUGAAAUAAACACACACACACACACAAACACACAUACACAUGUACCAGUUGCUUGACCUUUGCAAAUAAAGCAACAGUUUGGUUGAUUAAGUAAUUAAAUAAUGGAAAAAAUCUACAUUCAAAGAUUGAGGGUUCAAGGUUCUGGAGAUCUGUUAAAUACGCUGACAGUCCAUCCUGGAUUCAGAUACUUCCUGAUCCCCCUGCAGUGUGGUGCAGCAGAAAGACUCCUGGAUUUCCUGUAGGUUCUAAUUAACAACAUUGCUACUUACUAAAAAAUGCCAUAAUUCCUUUCACACUUUAGUUACAUUAUCUCAUUUGUGCUUCUUCACAAUCCUUGAGGUAUGUAUUGUAGGUAUUAUUACCCUCCUUUUUAUAACUGAGGAAAGUGAGGCUCAAAGAUAUUGAGAGACUCACCCAUGAUCAUUUGACUAGUAAUAUUAGAGGCAGGAUCCAAAAUUAAGUCUUCUUGACUUUGAGCUCAUUGCUCUAUCCAUUAUCCCAAAAUACCUCUCUACAUCUACCACCUGGGUGAUCUUGGGCAAAUCACUUAACAUCUCUGGUCUACUAUUUCCUCAUCGAUAAAAUGAUGGUGUUGAACUACAUAAAUUCUAAAGUCUUGUGUAGUUCAAAAUUCAUGAUCCUGGGAUCUCCCCACUGGUGUUGAUAUUCACGUCUUCUUGAGCUUAGGCAAAAGGCCUUGCUAACAGGGAGAUUAGUAGGCAUUUCAUGUAAAAGUUAGUGACAGAUGGAGACUUUUCUCCAAACGGAGUCAGAAAAAAAAAAAAAGGUGAAGGUGGGGUUGGAAACCAUGAAAAAUGGAGAGCUUUGGAGAGAACUAUGAAUGAGCUCUCUGAAAUAUUUUGUCUAAUAUUCAUUUUGUAGCCAUUUGUAGAGAUCUCUAAAACUUGGAAGUAACAAAGGAAUCGACCAUUUUCUAAACCACAAUGAAAAAUUCUCAUCUUAUUAAAGAAAACUCACACUUACCUAUUGUUUCUUGGAGCUACUACUCUCCAUGGAGUCUAGUGUAUCUAUGAGAAAUUGGCAUGUUAGAAGCUCAGACCAAACCAGGCCAGCCAGAUCCCAUCUGACUGUUUUACCUCUCUGAAUUCUCAUAAAGUGGUUGAGUUGAUGAGUUCCAAGAAUUAGAAUAUGCUUUCAAUUUGGCACACAUGAAGAAAUGGUUCCAAGAUCCGAAGGAAUUAGACUUUGUAUCCAUAUAACCCUGCCAUUUUGUUGGAUAAUAAGACUUAAAAAACAAUGAAGCAAAUACAUUAAAAUGUUUGGAAGUAGGAACCGAGUCAUGGCCACAGGAAGUGUUUGUCAGUGGAUGCAUUGUUUUCUGUCUGAGUUACAGCUUUAUUUUUUCUGAAUGCGAAAUAUACAGCCAAUAUUGAUGGCAGGAAGAACUGUCUCUUUUCUACCAAGUUGACUUUUCCUUUAACUUCUAUUUGUCCUAGCCUCAUAGCAAUAACCUAAAGAACUAAAGUGGGUUUUGUUUGGGGCACAUGAAAUGGAUGGUUUGAAGAGGGAAUGUUCUCCCUUUAAUCCCCAUCUCAUCCAUAUCCUUGUUAAAUCUCAGUUUUAAAGAGUUAAGCCAUAGCCUCUAAUUUGGCAAGCGCUGAGAAUAGGUAGAAGUAGAUUUAGUUUGGGGUCCUAUACAGUCUUAUUGCUUUUCAUUAACCACUUGUCUUUUUGUCAACCGAAAUGGGUUGCUGGUAUGGGUUGAAACACAGAGGCAAGACUUCAAAAUGAUGGCCAUAUGUGUAAGGCCAUGUAUAAGGCUCUUCCAGAGAGAGACACAGUCUAAUUGUCUUCAUUGUAAUUCAUUCAAUUCAGCUAAUCCUUGUCCUCUGCUUUAAUAAUCUUACUUUCCACAAGCAUAGCACUAAAGUUACAAGUAGAGCAGGAAAGCACACAAUGCCAGGUGAAAUUGUGCAAAGUGUAUUUUCAGCAUGUACAUACAAUACUGGGCCUCUUAAAUAUGCUUCUCUUAAAAGGGUGCACGCUACAGCAUGAAACAUGUGCAUAAUUACUGUAUCCUACUGGAAUAUGCUGUAUGCAUACCAUACAUCCCCUAUACAUGAAGUAAUAAAAGUGUACAAUA